AUGAUGGCGAUGACACUGUCGGAGUUCACUCGCUCUCUGGACCCUGAAACGCUGCCCAGGAUUCUGCAGAUUCAGUCUGGGAUUUACUGUCCAGGUUCAGUUUACGAGCUCUUCGGGAGAGCAUGUUCUCUCUCCACUGGAGAACUGGUGAAGAUCAUCGACAUCACCAUCACCAGGUUCAUCGCACAGACUUCAGACGGGACGGAGAUCAUCCUGCCGUUAGAUUAUCCAGGUCUCUUCAGGAUCGUAGCAGACUCCGAGCCUUAUCUGAGCAUCCAGGAGAUCGUGCACUCGCUGAAGAUCGGAGAUCAUGUCCUCGGCCAGCCCGUGUUCGUGUCCUCGGGUAAAAUCACUCUUCCACAAGGCUCGCUGAAGAAGAGAGAGAGCUUCCGAAUUACCUCCGUCCUCCGUGACCUGAACGGUGGUGAAGACCGAAUUGUAUGCGAGGUUCUCCAUCGUGAGCCGAAGUUCUGCUUCACGCUCGGCUUCUCGCAGAAAGGGAAUUUCACAGAAUGUGAAGAUGAUCAGUUUUACACGCUCCAAGAGCUCGCCAAGUGGAAAAUCCCUAAUGGAAGGCAGCGAAUCGUGACUAUAGUAAAAGAUUUACCUGUGAAGGACUUGCUGUUCUCAAAUUUGUUGGAAAACGUCUGUGGAGAGUUGACGUUAUCUCCUGUGUACGAGUUACAAGCCGUCACAUCGGUGGGGAAGGACAAAGUCGUCAUUCCAUCCAACCUGGACGUGGAAGUCAUGGAAGUGACGGAUCAGAUUGACACAAGCGCUUUCAUCCAGCCACUUUCCCUUCAGGACGUUUUCCAAAAACCUUGUGAGAUCUUUCCGUUUGUGGCUGAAGUGAUUGAAAGCCCUACAAUUGAAGUAAACAUGCCAGAAGAGAUGGCAUUCCUGUCCAAUUGCAAACAAAUCAUCGUACACUGUGCUUACAAAGCCAAGAGAAUCCUUGCCACAGAAAUCCGGCAAGAAUCACCGAAACAUUUCCUGAUUCCUUCAAGCUAUAACGGACGAUUAAAGCGGCGACCUCGUGAAUUUCCGACGUCGUACGACCUAAAGCGAGCUCAAAGCAACACUGAAAACAUGCAUGUUGUGGCAACGAGGGCUUUUGAUUCUGUUUAUGAUGGUCUGGCAUCUGUUCUUGUGGGGGAUGAGUUUCAAGUAAAGAAAAAAGAACCUAAUCAUAUUGAAAACAGAGAUACGACAGAAUUUCUGAAGUGUUUGAAGAUUAAGGGGAAGUCCCAGGAGGUUGUGCGUCUACCAAUGUUUAUAGAUGGUGGAUUUAUGGAAGUCAUCCAUGAUAAACGACAGUAUUCCAUUUCAGAGAUCUGCCAUUGGUUCCCUUUGCCAUUUAACGUCAAGGUUUCCGUUCGUGACCUUUCUUUAAAGGAGGACAUUUUGGCAGGAGCUCCAGGUCUACGGAUUGAGGAGGAAAUUAUUGACCCUUAUCUGCUCGUCUCUUCCACUGACCUCUCGAGCUGGUGGGAGAUUUCAGUGAAUCGCACUCACAUGACCCUUCACAUGGAUAAAACGUGGAAUGGCGGCGAACCGCCAUCUGGUGUGACCUCGUUUGUUGAAAUGAUUUCUGAGAAAAGUUACUACACCAUGAGGAGGUAUGCUGUAGCCACGGUAACACCCCCACCGCGCCCUCCGAAAACACCCAAACGGCCUCCAGAGCGACCAAUCAGGACACAGCAAACAAAAUCAGAAAAAACCUCCACCUGCUCCCCAAAGCUCACGGUGAAGAGUCGAGAAGGUCCCACAGACUGCAAUACAGCGGAAAUGGAGAAAAACACCAUCAUUCCUGCUACAUUACCCAGAAUGACUGCACAGACAGCUGUCAGCAGAGGCCACAGUUUGGAGGAUGUGUGUGUAAACCAAGCAAAGGAUGAUGACGCUCAUGAUUAUGAAUACAUCGAUGAAGAUGAACUGGAGAAAAUCAGGAAGCAGUUCAGUGAACAGUCCAUUAGCAUUUCUGCUAAAGAUAAACCAAGUAACACAAUAUAGCUGUGUAUCUGUCCUGUAAUGACACUAUAUGGACAUUUAGUUAAAGAUUCCUGCUGUUACAGAGAGAGAGAUGCACUGAGUCUCAUCUCAAAACCCAGAAGGAAACAGUGAAAGCUUUUUAAGUGGAUGAUGUCAGCAGUCAUUUAACGAUCACUUUCUUCUUCUUCUUUCGGCUUUUCCCUUCAGGGGUCGCCACAGCGAAUCAUCUCUCUCCACCUAUCCCUAUCUUCUGCAUCCUCAACACUUGCACCCACUAGCUUCAAAUCCUCAUUCAUUACAUCCAUAUACCUCCUCUUUGGCCUUCCUCUUUGCCUCCUGCCUGGCAGCUCCAUGUCCAACAUUCUCCUACCAAUAUACUCACUCUCCCUCCUCUGAACAUGUCCAAACCAUCUUAAU